AUGGCUUCCAACCUCUCCUUCAUCCUCAACAAGCCCAACGACGUCACCUUCGCGGAGCGGCCCAUCCCCAAGCUCCAACACCCGCACGACGUGCUCGUCGGCAUCAACUACACGGGCAUCUGCGGCUCCGACGUGCACUACUGGCAGCACGGCGCGAUCGGGCACUUCGUGGUCAAGGACCCGAUGGUGCUGGGCCACGAGUCCGCCGGCACCGUGCUCGAGGUCGGCUCCGCCGUCUCCACCCUCCGCAAGGGCGACCGCGUGGCCCUCGAGCCGGGCUACCCCUGCCGGCGCUGCGGGCCCUGCCUCUCGGGCCAUUACAACCUCUGCCCGGACAUGGUCUUCGCCGCGACCCCGCCCUACGACGGCACCCUGACGGGGUUCUGGACCGCCCCCUCGGAUUUCUGCUACAAGCUGCCCGAGAAUGUCUCCCUGCAGGAGGGGGCGCUGAUCGAGCCGCUGGCGGUGGCGGUGCACAUAGUCAAGCAGGCGCGGGUGCAGCCCGGCCAGAGCGUGGUGGUGAUGGGGGCCGGACCCGUGGGGUUGCUGUGCGGGGCGGUGGCGCGGGCGUUUGGGGCGACCAAGGUGGUGGCGGUGGACAUUGUGCAGGGCAAGCUGGACUUUGCGCGGGGGUACGCGGCGACGCACACGUAUCUGUCGCAGCGGGUGUCGGCCGAGGAGAACGCGCGCAACCUGGUGGCGGCGGCGGAGCUGGGGGAGGGCGCGGACGUGGUGAUUGAUGCGUCGGGCGCCGAGCCGUCCAUCCAGGCGUCGCUGCAUGUGGUGCGCAUGGGUGGUACGUAUGUGCAAGGUGGUAUGGGCAAGGCCGAUAUCAACUUCCCGAUUAUGGCGCUUUGCCUGAAGGAGGUGACGGCCCGUGGCUCGUUCCGCUAUGGCAGCGGUGAUUACAAGCUCGCGAUUGAGUUGGUUGCUGCCGGCCGGGUGGAUGUCAAGGCCCUUAUUAAUGGUGUCGUGCCGUUCAAGGACGCUGAGGAGGCCUUCAAGAAGGUCAAGGAGGGCGAGGUCAUCAAGAUCCUGAUCGCCGGUCCCAACGAGAAGGUCGAGGGGGCUUUGGACACCAGCGUUGAUGAGAAGAAGCUCAAAGAGGCGCAGGCGGCCGGUAGCACGGGCUGCUGCUAA